AUGAACCUCAAAAAGUUAAUUUGUGCUGUUGUUUGUUUGUUGCUGCUUUGUGCUCUAUGUGUUUUCAUUAUUGCAAAUAAUGUCAAAAAGCAAUCAAAAGAACCAGAUUUUCUAAGAGAGACGAUACCAAAUACUAAUUAUAGAGCUAACAUUAAGGCUUUCACUGAAGCAACUCCUAACCCUCAUGCACUAGUUUCAAUGACCACUACCACCAAACCAAUAAUUAUUGAUAAACCUUCCAAAGCAAAACAAAAUACCACUGAAAAAGAUAUUUUUCUAGAACUUGGUAAGAAUAAUGAACAACAAAUUAUAGAAGAAUCGAUUUACAACGAAAAACUUAAAAUCUGUUGGGGCGAUAUUUUGUAUGUAAACCAGAGCAAUGAUGAGAUAGCAGAAAUCUGGCACGACUAUCAGGUUACUUUGGAUUUCCCUGGCGAUAAUAAUGAUUCGUCUACCGAUAAAACUACCAAAGAGUACAGAAAAUACAUAAUCCAAGAGGAUGACGGUAAUCAAGCUGAACAUGUCUUUGAAGUUGUGAAAAAAAACUCCAAUUUUAUCAUAAGCAAGAACGAAAAUAUAACUUGCAGAACUGGAACAUUUUUGUCUAAAACUUAUUAUGAAUGGCCUCAAACUGGUAAUAAAAAAAUUGUUCUAAGAAUGGCUGAUGAACAUCCUGGAUUAAAAUUUGAAAGAGAUGAUUUUGCUAACAGGAAAAAAGUUGAUGAAGAAAAGGAAGACAUUUUGGGUAGUCCUCGUGCAUUGAGUGAAAAAGAAAGCGAUGAGUUGGAUAUGGAUGAUACUUUUGAAGAUUUUGACUCUAUCGAAAAUAAUUCAAAUAAAACUACAGAACAAGCAAAAGCACAAAAUAAAGAUAGUAAAGAUUUAAAAAACAACGAAGAGGAUUCCUUGUCUCAAGUCAAUAACCAAACCAACUCUGGAGAAAUUGUGUCCCAUCAAGAGUCUGUGAUUACUGAAUAUUCACAAACAAGAAACCAAGUUUUACCCUCAGUAAAUCCAUGCUCUCCAAUACUAACUCAACUUCUAGCAGGAAAUGGAAUUUUUCCCGGACUUUGCAACCUUAGAAAAAAUGAAACUGUAGUCCUUCAAGGGGAUAUAGUCGUAUUCAAGAAAUAUUUCAGUAAAGUUGAUAAUAAAGAAAUGGUCAAACCCAUGUUCGUUAUUCAUGAGAAGACAGAAAUCGAGAGUAGAGAAAAUGAUACAUCAGUGGUAGAUAAUUAGAAUUGUAUUGAAU